GAUUUUGUGCGAGACAACUUUUCGUCUUUGAGUCGACCAUCCGUUGUGGAUUUGUACAAUACGAGUUGUAUCCGUUCGCGUCAAAAUUAUGGCUCUGACCGUGUCUGGUUUGAAGAUUGCAGCUGUUGGAUUGUCACAGCGAGCUUGUCGCCCAACGCUCUUCCAAGCGGCCAAAUACUCGUGGGAACCGAAAGAAGUUGAAACCCACACCGGUCAGAAAUGGGAAAAAGACGAUUACCGUUUAGCGCGUUUCAUUGAUCGGAAGAAGGAAGUGAACCCGUCGUUUGCCAUUGAUCUCAUCAAUCAAGUACCGCCUAAGGAGUGUACGGAGCGUGUUGUAUUUUGCGAUGGUGGCGGUGGACCACUGGGUCAUCCAAAAGUCUACAUAAAUUUGGACAAACCUGGGAAUCAUUCUUGCGGAUAUUGUGGCUUGCGGUUUGUCAAGAAGGAUAGUCACUAAAAAUUAUUUUAUUAUUCAACCAAAUUUUUUGAAGAUUAUUUAGAUUAACAGAUAUUGAAUAAUAACAAGUUGUAAAUUGGAAUCUGUUUAUAUUAGAAAUAAAUUACAUUUGUUAGAAAAAAAAA